AUGGAGCUAAUCCUAUCGCCGCACGAUAAUGAAAAUCUCCAGCUCGUUCUUAGGACGAGACAGCAUCUUGUCGAAUAUAAUUCAGCUUCGCAUGCAUUGAUCCUGAGGUCUACUCAACUACCUGCACCAGUGAUGACAAAUUCUGUGGCCCGAGCUAUGUCGCAAGAGGCGUCAUUGCAUUCACCUGCGCACUCUCACGUAUGCCCCGUGUGUCAAAGACCAUGGGAAAAAGAUUUCUUUCCAUCUUCAUCGAUGCAUACCAGCAGCAGUUGGACUAACAAUGAGAAUGAUUUAGUACAUGUGGCGCCACAUUACUUCCGACUUCUAUCCCAAGUACCUUUGCUUGGAACAACGAAUUCGAAUGUAGGCUCUCCUCCUGUAUGCGAAGAAGUUAACGAGGGAUAUUAUGAGCGCUUUUUUGUCGAAAUUCGGCAGCUCGGUCGAGGCUCGCGAGGCACUGUGUACUUGUGCCAACAUGUACUGAACGGGCAUGAAUUAGGUAUGUAUGCGGUCAAAAAGGUGCCUGUGGGUAACCAUGACGAUACUUUGUCUCAGUCUUUGGGCGAAGUACAUUUAAUGGAAGAGCUCAUUCAUCCAAACGUCAUUCAUUACAAACAUGCAUGGGUUGAAAUGUCGCAAGCAUCACCGUUUACGCCCCGUGUCCCAACUUUACAUGUGCUUAUGAUGGCUGCGAACGGCGGUAGCCUAGCUGAUUGGAUAUCGGCACGCUCAGGUGAUUCAAAAGAGAACAGUAAGAGUCCAACGGUGAAGCAAACGUACGUGGACCGACUCAAGACCGAAUUUCGUAAACGACGACAUGCCAAGGAGUGUGGUGAGCCUAGGGGUAGCACCCGAACAGGUAUUCAUUUCUUGCGUGAAGAAGAGAUUGUGCAGCUCAUGAUUGAUAUUACCCGUGGCUUAGACUUUCUUCACAAUCGGGGGAUAUUGCAUUUGGAUCUCAAACCAGGGAACGUCUUGCUGCAUUGGGAUGACGAUGCUCUGCUACCGAAGGCACUUUUGAGUGAUUUCGGAUCAUCGCUACCCGUCCACGAAAACUGGUUGCGCAAACGGACUGGACACACUGGAACACUGGAAUACAUGGCACCAGAAACCAUAGUGCCCCACCGUGGACAGCUCGCCGAGCUAUCUAGCAAGGCAGAUAUUUGGUCUCUUGGUAUCUUGCUGUAUGUUCUUAUUUUUUUCGAGCUGCCAUAUACACAAGUCGACGAUGUGGAUUUGUUGCAGAGUGAAAUUAGCGCGUUUCACUCUCUUGAAGACACUAUUCAUUGCCGAAGACAGUCUAGAAGAUAUUCGCACGUUCAUCCAGCUCUUGGCUCCCUACUCAACAACAUGCUCCAAGUAUAUCCCCCAGCCCGACCAACGUGCCGCGACAUUCUAACUGUGCUGGAGCAUUACCCUGAUGCACCCACAUCCGCCUUGCAGGUCAAGCAGUCAUCCGCCGUAACCAUCCUACCUGCACUUAAGAUUUCAACUUACACCCGUCCCUCUUUCGCUGUAAAAACGUCUCUCCACACGCCCGUUCUUGUCCUGCUGGUUAUUAGCAUCAUUUAUAUGCAAAUUUUACUCGCCGAUCAUUUGGGCUGGAUCUAUGGGUCCCAAUACCAUGUUUGGAUACGACACGUAUGUACGCUGCUGGCUUUGGCCCAACUUGCUUGGAGCGUCACGUCUCGGCCUUCCAUGAUAGGCUCGAUUGAUAGACGGUGGGUCUUUCCUUCUAUGAUUCUUGUGAUACUCAUCAUGGUCUAUAUUUGCACGGAAAUAUAA